AUUCGCAACUAAACUCGUAUUGUCAUUGGUGAUAAAGCGUCGGUCAAGUUGGCUGUGUAUGUGCGGCGCGUCGAGACGACCGGUCGUGUCUUUUCAUUGGUGCAUUCGUCCAUGUGAUCCGUCGACGGCUGACACUGAUUGUGUAUGAAGAUCUUUUCUAGUACCACUCUCCGAGCCAAAAAUGAAAAAUGCUGGGACUAGUCUUCGGAUACACCGUGGCCUUUUUGGUGCUAAAUCUGGCGCAAAGCAGCCCAAUUGUCGAAUAUGAUAAAGGCUACCGCUACGAGGAGUACAUUGUGGAGCACGAAAUAUCAGCCACACAAGCGAGAAAUGCUGCCCUUAGUAUCGAUCUGAACUCCGUCGCUUCACCGGUGGGAUGCCAAAAAUGUACCAAAGAUGAAAUCAAAUAUUGUUUAGGCAACGAUCUCAUUUCUGAUCACUGUUGCUGCGACAGGAAAUACCAUGAAGUGUUACCGUUCAUCCCCCACACGUGCUACUUGGGUACUCAAAUCUGCAAGCCGGUGGUCGGAGAUUGUGCAGAGUACAGCCGAUUGCGGAGCUGCUGUUGUGAUAAAUACGCCCUGCAGAAAUGGAAGAAAAAGUCUGCGGGGGUUCGUUCACACGUCAACAAAGAGAUAAUUACCUUGGCACUGAUGGUGCAAAUUGUAUAUAUACUUGUAUAUUAUCACCUUUAAUUACUACCAAAGCAAUAUUAAGGCUGCACAGUAUUAUUAUAAUAAACCUUCUUGUUACGUAA